AACAGUACCUUUGGUUUGUAAAAAUGACAAUUUUUGGCCAGAUUCCAAUACGUGUAUGACGUGUACAGUAAUAAAACUAUUGUAGGGCUUCCUGUGUCUUACGCAAAGAACGCCUGGGAGUUCUUUUCAACCUUUGAUCGGCCUUCAGUCACCUGUCCAAAGAAGAUUUUGAUAUUUUCUUUUAGGCAUCAAAAACUUUUGGAGGUACUUCUGGAGAUACUGUAAAUUCAUACACAAGCAUAUGUUUUUGUUACGUUGUUGAUAAUGUUAAAUAGAAGAUCCCAAACAAAAGAUCUGAGAGGACGAAUUUCGUCGAAUUCUACACCCAAAGAAAAUACGUCCAACGAGCUAGACSGCAAUCAAGAAACCGUCUUGGAGAAAUUGCACACAUUAGAUGUCGAUAUUUCAAGUAAACUAAGCUUCUGUGCCGGGAAAGGGCAUAGUUGGAGAAGUAUUUUAAUCGCUCUUGAAAUCUCCGGUCAUGGGAUCCCGUGGAUCAUUGGUGUCGUGCUAGCAAUGUAUAGGCUUAGAGAUCACCAGCAACAAUUUGCCCUUAAUUUUCUACUGGCCCUCUUGCUUGACUUGCUCGUAGUAGGACUACUGAAAGUCAUAUUUCAACGUAAAAGACCUGUAAACAAUGAGAUGGACAUGUUUGCAACAGUUUCUGUUGAUAACUUUUCCUUCCCAUCAGGCCAUACUACAAGGGUUUCCAUGGUAGCAGCAUUGUUCAGUCUUGUUACAUCCAAUGUAUUUUAUCGAGUAAUAGUUAAUGUGUGGGCUAUCAGUGUAGCUGUAUCCAGAAUAAUGCUGGGACGCCAUCAUGUCAGUGAUGUAUUGUUUGGUGCUAUGAUUGGUUUGGUGCAAUACUGUGUAAUUUUACAAAUAUGGCUWCCUCUAAAAACUUGCCAAUACAUUUUAGAUUUAGUUCCAUAUGUGGAUAUUGUACAAUGACACUGAACAUUAAAUAUCAGCACAAGAAUGAAUCCUAAAAGAAGGUCAAGGUUUCAGUUGUUCAGAUCCAUUCASUUCUUUGCCACAACGUUUUCAUAUUAGAAAAGCAGCUGUAGCUAAUUGAACUAGUUUAGGCAAUAAAUCAAAUAUAAGGA